AUGAAGUUCUUGGGGCUCAUUUCAGGCGGGAAAGAUUCAUGCUACAGUAUUUUGCAUAGUAUAUACCAGGGUCAUGAAUUAGUUGCCUUUGGAAAUUUGUAUCCUGCCGAUACAACAAUUCAGGAAUUGGACAGUUUGAUGUUCCAAACAGUAGGACACGAUAUCGUAUCCUUGUAUUCCAGAUGCACCGGGCUUCCCUUGAUAAGACGCCCAAUUUCUUCGAGCUCGUCCAAGAAUGUCUCACUAAAUUACAGGAAGACCGAGGGAGAUGAGAUUGAAGAAUUGUACGAACUUUUGAAAGAAGCCAAACAGAAAAUUCCUGAUUUGGGUGCCAUCAACGUCGGAGCAAUAUUAUCCUCUUAUCAAAGAACAAGAGUUGAAGAUGUUUGCUCUCGAUUGGGCCUUGUUGUUUUGAGUUAUCUCUGGCAGCGAGACCAAACGGACUUAAUGAAAGAGAUGUGUGUCAUGUCAAAAAGUGCAAUCAACCAAGACGUCAACCUUUUCGAUGCCCGAAUAAUUAAAGUUGCAGCGGCAGGAUUAGAUGAUCGACACUUGGGGAAAACCCUGCCUGAAAUUUUCCCUGCCCUUCUUAGGCUCAAUAGCCUUUAUGAUGUUCACGUUUGUGGCGAGGGCGGCGAAUUUGAGACUAUGGUUCUCGAUGCUCCUUUCUUCACUAAAGGUUUUUUGGAACCGCGCCCAGAAACGUGGGACAAUGUGCAUAGCGAGGGCGGGGUGCACACGCUGAAGAUGGUUGUCGAUUUUAAGGAACGUGAGGCUCCGAUCUCUUUGGAAACAUCAUUGCAAAGUUUGCCCGUUCCAGAAUUGCUAGAAAGCGCAUGGUGGGAUAUUGCAACAAGCUUGAGUGAGAAAGUGACGAUAUCUUCAGGGAACAAAUCGGCUUAUAUGAAUGAGAUAUCUGCACAAAGAGUACCGGUAUCUUUCCAGCGAGUUGGCGGGUGUCUUUUUAUUUCUAAUUUACAGGCAAAAGCGGGAGGUGACGUAGAAAGGCAACUUGAUGAUAUACUAGGUAGUCUACGAGAGGAAUUGGAUCGGCGUAAUCUGGACCUUUCGGACGUUAGCCAUUCGACGUUGACCUUAAAAGAUAUGGCUCAUUUCAAGAGAGUUAACGACCGAUACGUUGAGUCCUUUAACGUGUCCAAAAUUGGGCCAUUGCCACCAUCCCGAAGCUGCAUAGCCUCUGAUAUGCUUCCGGAAAAGAGCGCGGUUCAACUCUCCGUGAUAGUAGACGCAGGAGUCGGACUCCUUCUCAAGGGAGACAAAAACGGCCUUCACGUGCAGAGCCGUUCAUAUUGGGCACCAUGUAACAUCGGGCCGUAUUCUCAAGCGAUAUGGAGUGGCGCUGAUGAGAACAGAGUCACUACUAUUAGCGGUCAAAUUGCCCUCAUUCCGGCAUCGAUGGAAAUGAUCGAAUCCUUAUCCGCCACAAUAUGCCCAAGCAUUUCUCAAAGUGUCCUUUCGUUAAGACAUUUUCACAAAGUUAAAGAAGCGAUAGAGGCCUCGUACGAUCUCGAGAUGGUCUGCUACAUUUCUAAAGAUUUCAUGGUUCCUGUUGUGACUGAGACCUGGGCGGCGUACCAGCGGUCCAAACUUUGCAAGCAACCCUUAGGUAGCAAGAAAUUGAUAAUUUUAAAAGUUUCAAGUCUUCCCAGGAAUGCUCUAUGCGAGUGGGUCGGAACCGUCUGUUCUACAUUAACGCGAGUCAAAGACUAUACGUCCGAUAGUCACAAUGACGACCCCGGUAACGAUUGCCAACAAGGGGAAGUGCAAGACAAACAAGCCGAUGGUUGGUCGAAAUUUUCUAUAUGCGAGACACCUGUUGAAAGCAACAGAAAUGUUAGACUUUUUUCCUCGGGGUUUUUCGAUUUGGAGGAUCUUCAAGAUUUACCAUCAGUUCCUAGCUCUAAUUUCCAAGUCAGAUUGUUCUACGAUCCACGCUCCAAUUUUGAUGACACUUCCAUUCCAGGAGCUGAAAUCAACUACGUGGAAGCUGUUUACGAUGCUGAAGGAAAUGAGAGGUCAGUAGGUUUUCAAACUCAACAGCUGGUUAUUUAA